CUUCCCCACGAUGGCGGGCGCUGUGGCGCGGGUUCAGUACCUGGCGGGUUUACGCUGCCCGCUCGGGGGUCUGGCAGCGGGCAGGCCCCGCGUGCUGCGCCAUGAGGCGGAGGUCUUCCUGUCCACCGGGAGCGAGUUUGUCUACGUGCACGACCAGGAGGGCGGGCUGCUGACCGUGGCGUACCGGUUCCCCAGCCGGGUGUGGCACCUGGAGCUCUUGGCUCUCCGCCGGGCGCUCUACGUUCUGUGCGCCCAGAAAGGCAUUUACUACUUGUCGCUGGACCGCCCGAGCAGGUCUAUAAACCAGGUCGAUGGGAACAGUGAGGACAGCGAAUUCCUUUCCUCGGUGGUCCCCGUGGGCCCUGAUGCCUGCAUCCUCCCUGAUGCCUCACUGUGUGCUUUCACCGUGCUUGACGGCACACUUGUCACCCUGGUGCAGGGCCCCACCCAGUGGAAGAUGCAGCUCUUUGAGUGUUCCUGUCCAGGGGAGGACCCCAAGCUGGGAGGCCAGAUUGGCGAGGUUGAGUUGUCCACCUACACCCCUCCAGCUGGGGUCCUGGGGAAAUCUGCAGACCCCCACUUUCUCCCAGUGCUGUGCUGUGUGUCACUGCCAGCCUCUGAGUUCCUGCACAACCGCCUCUGGGGCUCUGGCAGUCUCACAUUGAAGGAGACCCUCUUUGGGCUCCUCUUUGGAGCUGAUGCCACCCUCCUGGAGUCACCUGUGAUCCUCUGCGGUCUCCCUGAUGGCCAGCUCUGCUGUAUGGUCCUGAAGGCCCUCGUCACCUCCAGGUCAGCCCCAGGUGACCCUAAGGCCCUUGUAAAGAUCCUCCAUCACCUAGAAGAGCCUGUCAUCUUCAUAGGAGCCUUGAAGACAGAUCCACAAGCUGAGGAGGCUGCGGAGGAGACGUCACUGGGUGAUGAUGUGCACUCUGACUGCCUGGUGGCCCUCGGUCACCAUGGCCGGACACUUGCCAUCAAAGCCAGCUGGGACAAGUCUGGGAUUCUGGUGCCAGAGCUUCGAGAGUACUGCCUGCCAGGCCCUGUGCUCUGCGCUGCCUGUGGCGGAGACAGCCACCUAUACCACAGCACCCCCUCAGACCUCUGUAUGGUGGACCUUGCUCCAGGCAGCACCCCUUUGGACCCUACGAAGCCUGAUGGGAGCCCAGGAGGCCUGCCCCCUCUGCUGUGCCCAGCCAGUCUGAGCGUCUGCAGCGUCCUCAGUCUCUUCGUGUCUAGGACUCCUGAAGGUGGCACGGAGCUCCUGGCCCUGUCUGCCAAAGGCCGCCUGAUGAUUUGCAGCCUGGACCUAAACUCGGAGGUGCCUGGCCCCAGGAUGACCAGAGCCAGCACAGGCCAGAAAAUUAAGGAACUGCUCUCUGGAAUUGGCAAUGUCUCUGAGAGAGUGUCUUUUCUGAAGAGAGCAGUUGACCAGCGGAACAAGGCCCUGACAAGCCUCAACGAGGCCAUGAAUGUGAGCUGCGCACUGUUGUCCAGCCGGGAGGGCCCCAAGCCCAUCUCUUGCACAACUACCACAGCUUGGAGCCGCCUGCAGCUACAGGACAUGCUGACAGUGACCUGCCUGCUAGAGAACAACAGCACCUUCAGCCUGGGCCGGGGCUGGGCCUUGUGCAUCGAGGUGCUCACCAGCUCCUCUGCCCUGGAUCUGGACUCUGCUGGCUCGGCCAUCACCUACACCAUCCCCAUGGACCAGCUCAGCCCUGGCAGCCGGCGGGAGGUGACACUGCCCCUGGGCCCAGGGGAGAAUGGCACAUUCGACCUGCCUGCCACCGUGUCCUGCACACUUUUCUACAGCCUUCGGGAAGUCGUGGGUGGGGCCCUUGCCCCCUCAGACUCUUUCGAGGACCCCUUUUUGGAUGAGGAGCCCCCAGACUUCUUACCCGAGCAGGAGGGCGUCUGCCUGCCCCUCAGCAGACACACAGUCGACCUGCUGCAGACCCUCCGCUUUCCUGGCCUGGCCCCAUCCUGCACACAGGCCUCUGCUCUGCUCAACCCAACGGACCCCGUGGAUACCUUCCUGGCAGCUUGUCGGGAGCCAGGCAGCCAAGUGGCAGGACCUUCCUCCCUGAGGGCUGCAUACCUGCCCCCAUCAGUAGCCUGCAUCAGGGUGUCUGCAGAGCUGCUCAGGGCUGCUCUUGAAGACAGCUGCUCAGGUGUGCCCCUGUGCUGUGCCACCUUGCAGUGGCUGCUCGCUGAGAAUGCCGCUGUGGACGUUGUGAGGGCCCGAGCACUGUCCUCCAUCCAGGGCAUGGCCCCAGACGGUGCUGACGUCCAACUCAUCGUCCGUGAGGUGGCUGUGACUGACAUGUGCCUGGCAGGGCCCAUCCAGGCCUUGGAGAUACAAGUGGAGAGCUCGUCCCUGGCUGACAUGUGCAGGGUGCACCAUGCUGUCAUCAGGCGGAUGCAGACCAUGGUCAAGCAGCAAGCUGCCCGAGGCUCCAGCCCACCUGACCUCCGCAUACAGUAUCUCCGCGAGAUACACACCAACCACGAGACUCUGCUGCGGGAGGUACAAGCCCUGCGUGACCGGCUGUGCACAGAGGAUGAAACCAGCGCAUGUGCCACUGCCCAGAGGCUCCUGCAGGUGUACAGACAGCUGCGAAACCCCAGCCUCAUCCUCCUGUGACCAGAGAAAAACUGGACAGAAGAGGCUACUUUCCCGGCUCCUGACUCAAGAAGCACUCAAUCCUGGCCAGAGCUAUGGAAGGUCAGGGGAGAUGAAUUCCGGCCACUUGGGAGCAGAAUGCACACAAGAGUGCCAAGUAGAUUCUGGACCACGCCGGUCAUCCUGCCCCAGCUCCCUCCCCUCUGUAUCACCCUUUCCUCCAGCAGCAAUGUGCGGCCUGGUCACUCCUGGGUAGUCUCCACCCAGAGCUACAAGUCUGCACCCAGGGCUCAUCUGGACUUCUGAGCCAGGGAGGCUAGCAAGAAACAGGUGUUCUGGCCUUGGGGCUCUGGGUAGGUUUGAGUAUCUGUGUUGCCACUGUUGCCGCUACCAUGAGACCAGGAACACUAGCUGCCCACUGGCUGGGCAGCACUGCCAGGCCAGCCAUAGACCCUGGUCCACUGUCCACGUGUGCCCACCUGCCCACUCUGAGGUAAAAUGUAGGAGAGGCCCCUGCAACCAAAGCACAAACACCAUGUAGGGGCUCCUAUGGGUGCCAAAGGUCCUGCCAUGGCGAGGAGGGCUGUCAGGUGGCCUGUGGCCAGAACACUCAACUAGUUGCGUCUGGCCAGGGCUGCACCCAGCACUGCACUUGUCUUCAGAGUACUUGGUGGGCUGUGGAGGGCCCCAGCCUCCUCCCUCCCCAGGUGCUGGUGUUUUAACUGUUUGGGGAGGGACAACUAUGUCUGUUUGUCCCCCCAAGGUGCUGUGGCACCAUUCCUAUGUAAGUGUCUCUAAUACAUGCAGGAGCCACAAGGCGCUUCUUUGCUGUGA